AUGAUCGACCUACCCGCGGCUUUUGCUGCUGAUGUUGGCCAUAAUGUCGAAUAUAAAAUUCGUGACCUUAGUACUUGUUCUGUCACUCUCUUCCCUACCCAAGCUCAAGUCAAGCGUGAGAUCAAGGAUGUCCCUUUGAAGCCUGGCAUCAAUGAAAUCUCAAUCGUUGGUUUAAGUCCGACAAUUGAUAAGCACUCUAUCAUGGUAGAAGGUAAUGGGACUGCUAGCAUUACUGCUAUCAGUGUCGAGCUUCUUCCCAACCGUGAAAUCUUUGACGAAAUCUACCCUGACUCUGAUGAGGAUGAAUCUGAGAGCGAAGAUGAUGAAGACGAUGAUCAGCUUCCAGACGUCUCUCAAGAUCAGACCAUCUUGGGCGUCAAGAUGAAGCUCAUUGAGCUCAGAGACGAACAACAGAGGGCCAGGGAAAUCGUCGGGAAUGCUGACAACCGUAUUAAAAUUCUCGACACGUAUUCAAAUUCCCUUGACAAGAAAGAAGGCAUCAACAUUAGUGAAAUGCUCGAAGUCUACAAGACGGAACACAUGAAAGCUUUCAAAGAACGCUUGGUUGGUGUGCAGCAGGAGCGAGAAGUCACAGAAGCUAUCAACAACGCCAUCAAGGAGCAAUCACGCCUGACCAAGCUUGCAGAGAAGGCAAGGGCAAAGGACUCAAAAACAAAAGCAAAGAUCCAGAAGGCUGUCAAGAAGAAGCAGGGGCAGCGCGUGAAACGACUCGAGGAGAAACGUAAGGAAAAGCGACGCAUCCGCGACGAGCGUGCUCGUUGCUGGCCUCAAUGCUGCUACACUGUACACAUUCAACUCGAGGUAAAUUCCUCUUACACGCCAGCCUCGUCCCGCCGGGACUCAGUGUCUAGCGAAAUUGAGCUGGUUCAGCGACCUCGAAGCAAGACGAUUGAUAUGGAAGAAACAUCCUCGUGCGAUCUGGUUCUGUCGUAUGUGACCGACUCGGCUUUCUGGACACCAAGUUACAGUAUGCAAUUAUCAACCGUAACUUCCACAGGUGUCCUUUGCUUUGAUGCUGGUAUUCACAAUACCACAUCUGAGACCUGGGAGAACUGCAAGAUCACCCUAUCCACCUCUCAGGCCACAUCCUCAAAUCUCGACGAAUCCAAUCCAACCCUCGCACCUUGGCGAAUCAAGCUGGGUAAACGGAAACCAGCAUCUAGCUCUAAUGGUGUUCUCGAAAGCAGCGCAGAGCGAAUGCAGCAGACCUCCUGGCGCAACAAGAAUGCGGUGAUGCGACCACCACAGAGCCACUUCAACAGGGAAAUGUUCGGUCUCGGUCCCGGUCCCAGUGGCUAUUCUCUAUCAGAUUACCAAAUGCAGCUGAUGCUACUUGAGCAGCAGAACCAAAAGAGGAUGACAAUGGCCAGAGAGAACAGUUCUUUGCCUCCAGCACCUUGGGAACAACUAAGUGCGCAACAACAAGCUAUGCAACAGCAACAGAUGCAACAACAACAACAGGCGCAGCCAAUAUCGAGCUUGCAGGAAAUUUCCCCCCCGCCUUCCGGUUUUCAAUCAAAGCAAGAGCGGCAAUUGAAGCGAUUGGAGAAAUUGUCGCAUGAUGAAUUAAAUGAUUUUGACUUCGACGCGUUUUUGUUUAACGAAGACACAAAGCAACCGGAACCCCAGCCGUCUCUCGAGUUCCAGGAAUCCCUCAUUGAAGAGACAGGCUUCACAACCACGUUCGACCUACCCGGUCUCAAAACCCUGGUCCCCAAGUUCACCGCUUCAAAGCAACGCGUUGCUCGUCUUCAAUUCGCCAACGUCUUUUUCAGCCAUACUGUCGUGGCAAAGUAUCAUCCAGCAGCCUAUCUCAAGGCUAAGCUGAAAAAUGGUAGCAAACUUACCCUUCUUGGUGGACCAGCCAGCUUAACGCUUGAUGGAAGCUUCAUGGGACAGACCAAAGUUCCUCGAUGCAGCCCUGGUGAGAAGUUUACUCUCAGUUUGGGUGUGGACUCUUCGAUCAGAGUCAUGUAUCCCAAGCCUGAUGUUCGAAGAAGCACGAGUGGCGUGUUUAACAAGGAAGACAGUUCUGUCUAUGUCCGUACUGUCACAAUGCAUAAUACCCGUGUUACUGCCGGUAGACCGGUCAAUGUGCUUGUUUUGGAUCAGAUUCCAGUUUCCCAGGACGAUCGCCUACGUGUUGAGAUGUCGAACCCUCGCGGACUCACGGUCGAAGGGCCUAGUCAACCAGCUGGGGCUCCUGGGCGUGACUCGGCAGAGGAUCAGGAUUGGGGCAAAGCUACAGCGUCUCUGACGAAAUACGGACAGGUCUCUUGGGAUGUUGCUUUGAAUCCGGGCAAGUCUGUCAAGUUACGCCUUGAAUAUUCGGUUUCCAUGCCAAGUGGUGAUGUUGCGAAUGAGUGUUAA